AUUUACUUCUUGAGGAAAACGUGGAAAAGAGAUUAAUAGUUACUCUCAAACGACUUUAAUUUUUUAUAAUGCAUUCGGAAGAAGAAACGAAAAAGUUUAUACUACCUGUUGAAAACGAGCUUCGUUUUGAGGGUGACUUAGGAAACUACAUUUCUGUGACACUUACCGAAGGAAGAGCUGAACUAUUUGGCACAGAGUUAGCCAAAAACAAAGAGUACAUUUUACAAGGAGUAAAGGCCGGUGUUUUUACUUGGCAUGGUUGUAAGCUUGAGGUAAAAGGAAAGUUAGCAAUGUCAUACACAUCAGACACAACUCCGAUGUUAGAAUACAUUAACACUCACAUGGCGCUAGAAAAAAUGCGAGAGCAGUCCAAAGUGUCGAACCUCCCCGGCCCACGGGUUGUAGUUGUUGGGGGCGAAGAUGUUGGGAAAACUACUUUAUGCCGUAUUUUACUGAAUUAUGCAGUGAGAAGGUUUUAUAAGCCUCUUUUUAUCGACUUGGACGUGAGUUUGAAUGAUGUUGGUCUGCCUGGAACUAUUGGCUCGUUGCUUAUGGAAAGGCCUGUAGAUAUUGAGGCGGGGGUUCCUUUUUUGCGCUUUCCUAUAGUUUCUCCGUUACUGUUUCAUUUCGGCCGACUUUCUCCUCUUGAGAAUCUGGUUUUAUAUAAACAUCUGCUCACGCGGCUUUCUCAAAGCGUGCAAAAGCGCUGCGAGGCUGAUCAGGAUAUCCGCUCCAGCGGGUUUGUGGUGAACACGUGCUCUUGGGUGGAUGGUACCGUCCAGGAAGUACUUCUGCAUGCUAUUGAAUGCUUCCAUGCGGACAUCGUUUGCGUGCUUGAUAACGAACGCUUGUAUCAAACUCUUAAACAAAAAUACUCAAAAGAAAAAAGUAUUGUUCGCUUAUCGAAGUCUGGAGGAACCGUUUCACGUUCAGCAGCUUAUCGACAAUCUUUGCGUGACUUACGUGUGAAGAAAUAUUUCUACGGCUUUAACAAUCAUUUGUACCCAAACUCGACAGUAUUAAAGUUUUCAGACUUCAAACUUUAUAAAAUUGGCGUUCCUCCCAUUCCACUUUCUUGCCUUCCGAUUGGAGAAAAAAUCGAAAGUUGCGAAACAAAAUUGUCUUCUUUAAAGUUUUCUGAAGAUUUGACCCACGUGCUUUUGAGUGUGUGUAACAGCGAUGGCGAUUCGGAGGAGCACCCCGUUAUAGACACGAGUAUACUCGGCUUCUUAUACGUCACAGCAGUAGACAUGGCGAGAAAACACGUGACGGUGCUUUCUCCUGCGCCGGGGCCUAUUCCUAAAAAUAUUCUUCUGUUGAGCAACUUCAAAGUAAACUUGGAAUAA